AUGGUACACCCCCCACAGCCCACGCUGCUGUACCUCGCCGAGCCUGCGCCUCUCCCUCUCCCGCCCAACUCUCCCCCAUGGCAUCCGGCCCCAUAUUCAGCGCCGCCGUACCUCGGCCCACCGGCGCAAACCCAGUCGACGCCGCCAUACAUGUACCGUCACUUCUCCGAGCCCAUGCAGCAGUCCCUCCCGUACGCGCACCACCCGCAAGCGACAGCCGCUUACCGCAACCACCACGGCGUGGCGUACCCCCCGCCCCCACCUCAGCCCGCGCCGCACUUCGCCCCGCCAUACUACCACCCGUCCCCGCUCCAGCACCACCACCAGCAGACAGCGCACCCCGACUUCGGCACCGACGAGCACCAGCCGCCCCAGUUCUACUAUCCUCCCCCGCCGGCCAGCUUCCCCCCGCACCCAGCAUACGCACUGUUCCCGCCUCCCAUGCCUCCUCCUCACUGGGCUGCAUCCCCGGUGGCCCAACACCUGCCGCCCCCGCCCCCACACCUCCCGCCGCGGCCGAACUUCGCGCCGCCUGUUCGUGGGUACGACGUGCCGUCGGUUCAGAAUGCUGCGGUGCCCAUCGUCCAGCCGCCGCCGCCUCCUCCUGCCCCGCCCCCCACGCCAGCCGAGCCGGCCGCCACCGCCGCGGUCGAACACACCCUCUCUCCUCGAGACGACGACUCGGACACGGCGUCUCGCUGGCGCCUCCGCCCCCCGGGCUCCAACGACGACGAGAGCACUUACACCACUUCGUCGCGCACCGCUGCGUCGUCCGUGUCGGGGUCGUCGUCUUCUGACGGGGAGGAGGAAGACCUCGCGAGCGACGAGGACGACGACGAUACGGACCUGGACGACGGCACGCCGCCUGCUCGUCCAGCCAGACGACCCUCCGGCCGCCGUGCCGUCCGCCGUGGCUCGCGUAUCCGCCGCGCAGAUGGCUCCAAGGGCCCGGCACUAUAA